AUGCCAUUAACCGUACUUUCCGACUCGGACGUGCGCACCCUUCUAUUACAAUUAACCAAGCAAGACAUUCUCGACUUGCAGCAAAAUCUUGCCGAUGCGCUCCAUCAUUACUCUACCAGUACUGAAGAAGACGACAACAAUGGAUGUUGUGAGAGUUUCCAGUCUGCAGGGACGAGCUUGAAGAGCAAAGAUGGUGGACUGAUGACUGUUACGCCAGCAAGCAGCAAUGAUGGCCUUGGUGUUAAGAUAACAACACGACUAGAGUCAGGCUCUUCAGACGCGGCCUCUGUUACUUCAUCGAUGGACUCGCUCGCCCUUUCUCAUCAGUCAACGCCAACGAGUAGGAGUUCGACAACUACCGCUCCAAAAUCGAACUCUCUUUCUGCGUUUCAAAUUUCUCCAUCGAACGCCAGCCUGACUCUGUUCGAUCGCUCUGGUAAUCCUCGAGCCUUGUUGAAUUCCUCGGAGAUGACAGCUUUCCGCACCGCCCUUGCAAGUACAAUGCUCUUUAAGAAGCGAGCAAACGUACACGAUAUGGUAGUGUUUGGAGCAGGAAAACAAGCUUACUGGCAUAUACGUCUAGCGCUUCUCCUACGAGGUGACGACAUCCACCACCUCAACAUCAUAAAUCGAGACUUUGAGCGCGUGCACCAACUACUGGAGAAACUAUAUAACCCACACGUCGAAGCGCCCUCAAACUUCAACCCCGAUCCAUCCUACGUCCCAACGUACCGGAAAGCACCAGUAGGAGAGGAGCAAGGGCAACAGGACCAGCAUCAAUAUCUUCCCCGCCCCAAGGUACAGAUACUCACCCCAGGGCACGGCGAGUAUUCACGUCUCCUCCACGCCACUAUACGCUCCUCAAGCUGCAUCUUCCUCUGCACGCAAUCCCCUACACCCCUCUUUCCGGCAGCAAUCCUCACAAACCCAGAAGGCCGCAGAAAGGGUCGCUACAUAGCAGCUAUCGGUUCUCUCUCGCCUCACAGCACAGAACUCCACCCGGACAUUAUUAAACAAAACGUAGCGCCCGAGCACGGUCACCGUCACUUCCAUAAACAUGCGCAACAAGGAGGUGCAAUUGUGGUGGACAGCGUGGAUAGAUGCCUAAAGGAAGCUGGAGAAGUUGUGCAAGCAGGUCUGGGUCCUGAACAAGUCGUUGAGAUAGGCGAGCUAGUCAUGUUGAAGCGCGAUGCGGAUAGGAGGAGGAGAGAAUGCAUGGCUGGCAAGGGCAUAGAGGCAGAGGGACUGGAUGUGGGUGGUGUAGAGUUGGGCGAGUGCGAAAUGAAUAAGAAUGAGAAGAAGAAAGCGAGGAGGGGCAGUAGCAAGGAGAAGGAGAAGCAUCAUGAUGGUGAGGAUAAGGCACACAAGAGUCUGAUUGAGUGGUUGGUCAAGGGUAACGUGAUAUACAAGAGCGUGGGACUGGGCCUCACAGAUGUGGUGGUUGGUGGCGAUCUUGUUCGAAUAGCGGAUGAGCGCAAUAUCGGGACAAGGAUCGAAAACUUUUAG